AUGGCAGCAACGGGGCUUUGCUUAAGCCCUGGCAAUCCUACUAGAUCUGAUGUAAGCGACACUGGCUUUCCCGUAGUUUCUUCUCCAAAUCUGUAUCGACCUAUGGCAAGAAUUGGAGCAGUCCAAGUGCCUCCUCAGCAGUUUGAGCCAUCCUCGAAGAAAGACGAUCCUCCAACAGCGCUCACCCUCUCCCUCCCAAGAACUGAGACCUACAAGAACGAGUACGAAUCUCCACCUCUCGACUCUGCUCCUCGCCACAACAAGGUGGCGUCUCCAAAUAAUCAACCAGCUCUGACCUUCGCUAUGUCGGAGAAUCUUGAGCCGAUGAUCUUCGGUACAAACUUUUUCCUUAUGGUACAAGACAUGAUCAAGAUUGAAGUGAGGAACUACAUGUUAGGACUUGAAAUCAACGGGAUAUGCUCGCAGAGUGAGGGAAAUAUCAUAAAUGCUGCCAUUAAUCGCAUUGGAGAAGGGUUCAUAUUUGUCUUAAAACCAAAUUUUUGUUGA